CUAUCAAAUACUUUGGAAAUUCCACAUUUGGAUGGCAGUGGUGUUAUUUUGAUUGCAGCAAGACGAGUUGAAAUUAAACCAGGAUGUCAAAUAAUUGUUAAUUACAAGAAAUUCUUUCGAAUAGUAAUAUACACUGAAGAAAUGACUUCUGAACUUGAAAUUAUCGCCAAAAAUCAACUAAAAAAUGAUGAUUCAUCAAAAUUCAUUAUUAAAAAAUUAAAAGAUGAUAAAUGCGUUGGUAAAUUACUUACUAUACGCGAUGGCAAGAGCCCUGAAUAUAAAGACAUAUAUAUAUUUGAUAAUAUUAUUCUUAAAAAUCAUUCAUUCCUUAAAAUAGUACGAUACUCUUUACUCAUUGCAAGUGUCUUAUUUUAUGAUAAACCUGAAAUUACCCGAUCAAUCCUCUAUUGGAUUAGUAAAAUAACCAAAUCACAAUCGGAAACAAAAGAACAAUCUAAAAUAAAAGAAUUAUACUAUCAAGCGCUUUCGAUGCUU